AUGGAUCAAUCUUGGUUAAGAUUUGAAUGCAGUUUAACAUGUGAUGAUUUAUGUUGCUACUGCCUGCAGGCCCUUCCUAUAUGUUUGGAUAAGAUAUUCAAUCCAUUUGUUGCUAUUGUGUUGUCUGUGACUUUUGUUCUAGCUUUUGGGGAGGUUAUUCCCCAAGCAAUAUGCACAAGAUAUGGACUCGCUGUAGGUGCAAAUUUUGCGUGGCUUGUGCAUAUUUUGAUGUUAGUGUGCUAUCCAAUUGCUUAUCCUAUUGGGAAGGUUUUGGAUUGGGUACUGGGACAUAAUGAAGCACUGUUUAGAAGGGCUCAAUUGAAAGCUCUUGUUUCCAUUCAUGGCCAAGAGGCUGGCAAGGGUGGUGAGCUGACUCAUGAUGAGACAACUAUUAUUAGUGGAGCUCUAGAUUUAACAGAAAAGACUGCUGAGGAAGCUAUGACACCAAUUGAAUCAACAUUUUCUUUGGAUGUCAAUUCUAAAUUAGACUGGGAAGCAAUUGGAAAAGUUCUUGCCCGAGGCCAUAGUAGAGUUCCUGUCUAUUCUGGAAAUCCGAAAAACAUUAUUGGACUCCUACUGGUUAAAAGUCUCCUAACAGUACGGGCUGAAACUGAGACCCCAGUCAGUGCUGUUUCCAUUCGGAGGAUUCCACGGGUUCCUGCAGAUAUGCCUCUUUAUGAUAUAUUGAACGAGUUUCAGAAAGGAAGCAGUCACAUGGCAGCUGUUGUAAAGGCUAGAGGGAGAAAUAAAAAUCCUCCACCUAUUGGUGAUGGAGAACAACUUGAUGAAAACAAAUUCAUUGGCGGGAAGUCCAAAUUAACUACUCCCUUACUAAAUAAGCAGGAUGAAAAAUUAGAAAGCAUAGUUGUUGAUAUUGAAAAGGCUCCUCCUAGGCCAGUCAAUAUAAACAGGCAACAAAAUGAUGCAGCAACCAAUGGAUUGCCCCGCCUGUUAGAGGAUAUUGAAGAUGGAGAAGUCAUUGGAAUCAUCACCCUGGAGGAUGUAUUUGAAGAACUUUUGCAAGAGGAGAUUGUAGAUGAGACGGACGAAUAUGUUGAUGUACAUAAAAGGAUACGUGUGGCUGCAGCUGCUGCUGCUUCAUCGGUGGCACGGGCGCCAUCAUAUCGGAGAUUAAUUAAUCAGAAGGGAGCAGGAGCCCAAACUAAGCAAGGACAGACACCGAAGAAAUUGGCUGAGGAUGAUCCAAAUUCAACAAGAAUACUAGGGAGUCUUGGGGAGCCACUUCUUGUGAACAAGAGAUGAAUAUUUGACACGGAUGAACCAGUGGUUUUCUCUGUACUGAGUGAGCUUUAAAAUUUGUUGUAAUUUUGUCAUGUGGGAUAGAAUUCUUACGCACAUAGUUUUUGGUAAUGUUUUCUUCUUGGCUUUCAAAAUGUAUUCUUCUUGAGAUCUGGAAAUAAGGGCUUUUAUUUAUCUUGCAAUUUAAAUUAAUUAGCUCAAUUUAGUUAUGCUUCUUCUGGUUGGAUGUAAAACCUUGUGAAGGAUCAAUAGUAUAGUAGAAAAGUGUAAAUUUGUUUGUAAAA